CCUGGGGCUGGGUUCGGUGGGGCAGCAGCCGCUGCAGCUCCCCGGGCCCCGUGCCGCCCCGGCGGCCGCGGACACUCUAUGCGGGAAUAGUCGCAGGCGGACGGGCGGGCGGCGAAGGGGAGGCUUGGCGGGUCACUCGGCGCGGGGGGAGCCCUAGCGCCGGGCGUGGGGGGCGGGGAGCAGGCGGCGCAGGAGAGCGCCCCGAGUCCCGGCGCGGGAGGAGGAGCGGGAGCCAGCCCGAGAGACCGUGCUCCUGGCCGCACCUGCGUCGGGCAGACAGCCGCCCGGCCCUGCUCUGCCUUGCCCUGUCCUCGUCCCCGGCCCCGCACCGAGACACCUGGAAGCUGCCAGCCAACCAGCCAAGAAUUAGCUGAGCCCCGGGGUGAAUGCUUGUUUAUAACGCUGAAAAUGGCACCAAGGUCCAGCCUGAUACCAAGACAAGGUUAAGCUGGGACUCAGCAGCACAACGAUCCUGAUGUCUGUUCCCAGCCACAUAGUCAAGGCUGUGUUAACAGGAAGCCCAAGUUGUCACCAUGGCUUCUGCCGAGCCCCUGACAGCGCUGUCCCGCUGGUACCUGUAUGCCAUCCACGGCUAUUUCUGCGAGGUGAUGUUCACUGCGGCCUGGGAGUUUGUGGUGAAUUUUAACUGGAAGUUCCCUGGGGUCACGAGCGUAUGGGCCCUCUUCAUCUAUGGCACCUCCAUCCUGAUCGUGGAACGCAUGUACCUGCGCCUGCGCGGCCGCUGUCCUCUGCUGGUGCGCUGCCUCAUCUACACGCUCUGGACCUACCUGUGGGAGUUCACCACCGGCUUCAUUCUGCGCCAGUUCAACGCCUGUCCCUGGGACUACUCCCAGUUCGACUUUGAUUUCAUGGGUCUCAUCACCCUGGAGUACGCUGUGCCCUGGUUCUGUGGGGCCCUCAUCAUGGAGCAGUUUAUCAUCCGCAACACCCUCCGCCUACGCUUCGACAAGGACGCAGAGCCCGGGGAGCCCGCCAGUCCGCCAGCCCUGGCCAAUGGCCACGUCAAGACCGACUAAGUCAGAAGACUAAUGUGAGGACCUAAGGUCUCUCCUAGGAACUCAAGGACAGAGAGACCAGCUGGUGGGGUUACCUCUUGGUUCAGCACAAGCCCUGCCCCCAGUAGGGCAAUCACAACCACAUAUGGUGGGCAGUGGGAUGGUGUUGGGAAGUUGGGGGUCCAGACAACAGAAGGACACUGGGACUGGUCCAUGGCUCUCUAUUCAUCCUGGGGGCUGGGGCCUGGGCAAUGAACAGUUGGACUUCAUGGAUAACUUUGGAAGCAGAAGGCCUGUUCUGGCAAAGGGACUUGAACUCUGGGGUCACAGGUGGGAGGCAAGGUCUGAGGAGGUCUUGGCUGCUGUUGGGGCCACCACCCCACCUGCCCCCUGGCUUCAGCUGGGCUUUGGCUGGUCCCAUUAGACAAUAUUCAGGUGCUUGCUUGCAACCAAUACCUCCCCAGGGGCCUCUGAGCUGCAACCUGAGAGGGACCCAGCAGCCAAUAGGCUGCUUGGUGGCAUGGCUCUUGUGCAAGGGCUGGGAAAACUUCCUUUGGCCCCCUUCCCUCCCCAAAGGCCCCAUGCUGUUCCCUUGGCCUUCUGGGGGCCCCUGUGGUGCUGGAUUCCCACCAACCUUGGGCUUUUGGAGGUUUCGAUCCCGUGUGUUCGGUGGCGUUUCCCCUUUCUCUUAUGUUGAAGACACUUACCACUAGCAGGCAGCCCUUUCCCCUGUGUCAGUCACCAUAUCCUCCCCGCUCCCAGCUCCCUACAGAACACAGCAGUGGCCAGCGGCACAGCUCUAAAAUGGAUCCCGUUUGCCUUCCUGCAGCCUUCCCUCUACCUUCAUCUGGGGACUGGGGGCAGCCUUCUCCCUGGCCUGGGGACAGUGGUCUGAUGCCCCCUCCCUGCAGAGGUCCUACUGGAAAUCCAUAGUAUUCCCUCAGUGUUCAUCUGGGCCUAGAGGUGUUCUGUGGAUUCAUAGUGGAGGAAAAAAAGGCAGAGUUCUAGGUCCUAUUUUCCCAUACUGGUUUAUUUAUAAGCCAGUUGGUCAAUGUGUCUUUCUGUGAGAAAGGGGAGCACGUAUCUAGUUGGAGACCCACAGGAACAAGACAGGUGUGGGAAAGCCCAUGGAAGGCUCUUUGGAGCCCCUUUUCUGGAAAAAGAUGAGUUCUACCAUAGCCUCAGCUCAGCAGCUAACCUCCGGGCUGCUUCUCCUCCAGCUCCUGGCCAGGCUGCCCCUUUGAGCUUGCUCCUCAAACAGUGUUAACCCUGCUACACUCAUGGGCAUUGUCUGCUUGGCUGUCUCCCUCCCGUGAUGGGUCCAUUGCUGGCAGUGGACGGGUGAAAUCCUUACUCUAGGCCCUUCUGAUUUUGUCCUCCACUCUCUGAAAGGAUGUCAGUCCAUCGAAGAGUGUCUAUCCCACGUUGCAUUCUCCUCUUGGCCACUCUGGAGGCUCUGAGGUAGAAGUCAGCCUUUUCAUUCCUACAGAUCAUUUAAAAAGUGACAGUGCCUCUUGGGGAGAGAGUUUCUGAAGUAUGCAGACAGCCCCAGGCCAGUGCCAGCAGCAGCAGGGAUGUCCUAGGCUGGGAGAGAGACUUCUCUGGUCAGGACAGAAUGUAGUGUAUCCCUGGGUAGGCAUCUCAUCACCAAACACCAUUCUGUGGGGGAGGAGGGGAGGAGCAUCUCUUGGUUUUGUUGUAACCCUGAUUCCAGGGCUUUGUGGGUUUCAGAGAUUCAGGCUUCCGAAGGGAGUGGUUGCUUUCCAUCCACACGUGGGGAGAACUCCUUAUUUUGUAGGCUCCUUCCUCCAAUUUCAUGUUAUCUCAAUCCCCUGAAUCCUCAUGCCUCUGCAGGCCACCUUACAACUGAAUCCAGUGGCUUGUUGAGGUUUCCCAGCAUUAAGACUCCAGUUCUCAACUAGAGAAAGCCAUUGGGUGGCCCCUGGCCUCAGCACUCCAGAUGUUGCCUUGCAGAAUCCCCUGGCACCAUUUUUCUCAAGACCCUUUAACCCAUGCCAGGUGGGUUUCCUGGAGUGAACCUGCUUGCCUGGCGAUACUCAGCACAGCGGUCUGCUUAUGUAGGCCCCUGUUCUCCUAUGGCCCCCAUAGGCACAGAAUCCCCAGCCAGGGGAGGCUAUGGCGUAAGGUCUGGCCACAGACCUGCAGGCUCAGAUAUCAUCAAAUAGCCCAGACUUCAGCUCUUGCUUUACUAUCUUCAGGGCUCCAACCCCUUAGUGCACCGGGGCAUGAAGUUUGGGGUAAUCUAGCCCUUCUGCGCAGCGGGGAGUCUGCUGGCUUUUUAAGGGAGCCUCUGAUCUUCCAGGCCCAAAGCAGCCAUCUCAGAGUUGCAGAUAGUAAGUAUGCUGCCCUGCAUGGUUGAGUUGCUUUGGAUGUCUGCUAGGCUUCCAGUGCCCUGGCCCCUCCUCAUGCCAGAGAGUCACAAUGGCCUGUGCUUUUUCACAGCAAUAAUACAUAGGGAGCAUCUGUGAGUCCCUUUUGUCCUGGUCCCUCACUCUUCGUGGAUCUCCCAGAAGGCUGCUGAGUGGGUCAGCCCAUGUGAGAAUCUAUUUCUGAAGCUCUGGGCUAUGCAAAGUGUCACUGCAGGAAGCAGGUGAGAGGCCUAGCCACGAACUGUGAAUAAGGCAAGGGAAGUGCCUUCUGCCCUGAGGCUACCCAUACCUGGAUGAGCUACAGGCCCCAGCUUUGGAACAGGGCCUCUGAAGUGGAUAGGACUGUCCUCCAACUGGACAGAUCUCAUGACUGAUUUGUGAGCCCAUUGCCUGCUAUGUCUCUGUCUGUCUUUUCCUUUUCAUAAUUGUGCACAUAAAAUAUACUGGUGUUUGUGUUCCUGGA